UAGCUCGCCAGUAUAAAUACAAGCAUAAGUGACAGCUGAAUUAAAACACUGGAGAAAAACGCAACUGACUUCUCUGCAAUGUCAGCAAACAUCGGCAUGUCUGGGACACUUGGAGGAUAUGGAGAAACCACGGAUGCAACUGAGGAAACUCAGAUGUUAUGUGAUCAGGUGAAGACUGCAGUGGAAGAGAAAACAGGAAAAUGUGUUGAUGAAUUUAAAGCUACUAAAUACAGGUCGCAGGUUGUACACGGAAUCAACUUCCUUAUCAAAGUUCAUGUUGGAGGAGAGAACUACAUCCAUCUGCAUGUGUUCAGAGCUCUUCUAUGUGAUGGAGGAUUGAUUCAGUUGGUUGCUGUAGAACAGCACAAAACCAAGGAUGACCCUCUUGAACCUUUUUAGUCACAACAGUAUCAACAGCAGAGUCUUAUUUCAAAAUGUUUUGCUAUUUUAUUCUAAAAUGAUUCUGUGAAACUCUUUUUUAUGGUGACAUUUGGCUGUAAAACAACCAGAAAUGAAAGUUUGAUUUCUGUGUACUAAAAUAAAUUGCUACAAAUAAAA